GCACCAGCCAUUGCCCAUAUUUAAGGGGUCUCUGUUCUUCGCCAUUCAGAUUUUGCAAUAUCGUCCUCGCUUGAACUCUUAAAUGCACUCCCUAGUAAUUUUGCCACUUGCAUGGAUCAGCCUUGCCGCUGCCAACAGCUUGAAAUCCAGUGGAUAUUCAGUCCCAACGGCCAAUGAAACGCCCCGGGGACGAUCAGAGUGCACCCCCAUCAUAAAUAGGCGCGAAGUUACUGCUACUAUGAAGACUGUGUCUACUAUCUCCAUCGCGAGUUCGACUGAUACUGGGUUGGAGAUUAUGGGAAUUGAGGAGAUGAAAGAUGCUCUUUCAGCCGCAUUUGAAGCACUCCGGCACCCAGUGACAAGUGUACCAGGUGAUGAAAGGCGCGAGCUUCCAUCCUCUCUAAGGACCUAUCGGCGGUCACUUCAAUCUCUGGAGUAGUUAGUUCACCGUCUACAAGCGUGACCAUUAGUGGGAGUGAAAGUAGUGCCCCUAGAUCAGGAAUCUUGGAUUCAAAGAUGAGCGUGGUGUUAAAAAUGGUGGUGAUAAUAGUUACUGUUUAUUGGGUUG